ACACACGAAGAUAGCUGUCAGUACGGUAAUGUGAAAUGUCAAGCGUGCAGUGAAACUGUGGAGAGGAGACAGCUUGCGGCGCACAGGGAGCAAGAUUGUAUCAACAGGGCAGUGGCGUGUACUUAUUGUGGUGGUGAAGUUUGGCAUAGCAAUAUGAAGGACCAUUUGGAUGUCUGCCCUAAGUUUCCAAUCCAUUGCUUCUUGAACUGUGGAGAGAAAGGUAUACCAAGAGACAUGAUGGAAGAACACAUGACCAAACGUUGUCUUAAAGCUGAACAUCUCUGUCCUUUCAGCGUUCAUGGCUGUGAAUUUAAGGGCACUAAACAAACAAUCGAUCCACACGUUGUUGAGAAUAUCGAGUCUCAUCUUGAAAUGAUGAGCUAUUCAAGCCAUGAAUGUAACGAGAAAUCAAAACAGAUGGAAGAGAAGAUAUAUCGUCUAGAACAAGAAAAAAGUGCUUUGGAACAUCAACUACAAAAUCAAGCAGAGGUGUUGGCAGCUGCAAGACAAAACAUACAAACGCAACAGACAAAAUUGUCCCACGUAGAAAACUCCAUCAUCGAACAAAAGAGGACAACUGAGAAAUUGCUUGCCGAUUUGAAGGCUUUUGAGGCAUUUAGAACUAAUGGGGAUAUUGUCUCGUCUCAGAUGGAAGAAAUAAUGAAUACUCUGCGAGAACACGAGAAGGAGGUGAGCAGUCUUCAGGGUGAAGUGGCUCGUUUGAAAUUAUCCCCUGCCACGCCGAAAGGUGAGAGUAACUACCGUCCAAAAUCCGACGUGUCUGUCACUCGUGAGUCCGAGCGCCGGCUGGACAGGAAUGAGCACCAACUAGCACUGCACGACAUUCAAUUGUCCGAUCAUGAUAUGCAGAUUCAAAUGCUGGAGGCUACAUCGUAUAAUGGCACCUACUUUUGGAAGAUCGACCGCUACAGCCAACGCUUCCAAGAGGCUGUUUCUGGAAAGACUCUAUCUAUCUACAGCCCUCCUUUCUAUGUAGGACGGUUUGGGUACAAAGUAUGUGCUCGUCUCUACCCCAAUGGAGACGGAAUUGGUAAAGGAACGCAUUUGUCAAUGUUCUUUGUUGUCAUGAGGGGUGAAUACGAUGCUUUAUUACCUUGGCCGUUUCUCCAAAAGGUUCAUUUUCGACUGAUAGACCAGGACAGGAUCCGGGACGCUUAUGAUGCGUUUCGCCCUGAGCCUAACAGCUCAAGCUUUAAAAGACCCACGUCUGACAUGAACAUAGCAUCUGGCUGCCCGACGUUUAUUUCUCACAUAGAACUAAGGCAAGGUGGCUAUAUUCGGAACGAUACAAUGUUCAUUAAAAUAACUGUAGAUACUACUGGUCUGCAAGGAGAUAUGUGGCAGUAAAUCCUUGCCUUUUACAACCUCUCAGGUCUUACAUAAGACCUGA